AUGAAGUUUCAAUAUUUUUAUCCUAACUUAGAAUAGAGUAAUCAAAAAGAAAUAUUGUAGAGGAACAAUAAGUCAUUUCGAGAUUGCCAAAUUAAUUAAAAUCUAAAUUGUAUUAUGAAGCUAAUCUGAAAAUUAUUAAAAAAAUAUUGUGGAUUUAUAAUAAUUUCUCUAUAGAAUUUAUAGAACAAUUAUCUAGCAUUGUGUGUGAGAUAUAUUUAAAUAAAAAUACUUCUAUUUCUGUCAUCGAUGAUGAUGAUGAUCCUAAAAUUUUUAUCAUUGAAAAAGGUAAGGUUGCUGUUCUUUUUAAUGGAAUAGAAAUUAGUCAACUUUUUAGAGGUAAUCAUUUUGGCAAUUAUUCAUUCUUUAAAUAAGAAAAAGAAUAAUUCAUCACCUAUAAAACUAAAUCUAUUGUGAUUUUACAAUAUAUCAAAUUAACAGAUUUUUUAAAGAUAAUAUCCAAUCAUUUUGAAGAUCAUGAAAAAUUCCACUUUAUUCAGGAUAAAGUUAUUUUUGAAAAGCAAUAUUCAAUGAUAUAAUAUGGAUGCUUUAUUUGUACUUCUACUCAUCAUUUAACUAAAAAUUGCUCAAUUAUUAGUAUUAAAGAUCAAGUUUAUGAAGAAUUUUACAAAAAUCCUCAAGGGAAUAGAGAACAAAAAAGAAAAAAAUAUGUUAGAAUAAAUAAGAAGCAUCAUAAAUGGAUUUAUGAAAAGAAUAAAUAUGAGAUAGAACAUCAGAUUCCCAUUUCAUUUGAAAUUGAUUAGAGAUUUUAUAGUAAAUUAUUGUUUAAGUGGGUUCCAUUCACAGCUUAUCAAUAAAAAAGAAUGAAUCUUUUAUUAAAAGACUUAAUUAAGGAUAGUUUAUAAUAAGAAGAUCUUAUAGUAAUGACAAAUAAUCUUCCUAAAAGAAAGAAAAAGUCAAGUGUAUUUUCAUCUUCAAAUUAAUACUUGUUUUAUUGGAAAUUAUUUAUGAUGUUUGUAAAUGCUUUAUUUUUUAUAGCAAUACCCUAAAUAAUAUUUUUUUGGAAUUACUACUAAUAGUUUAGUGAAGAUGAAGUCUUUAAAAUAAUAAGAAUAAUAAUUAUUGUAUAAUUUUAAUUAUAUUUUAUUAGAUCUUGUUCGUUAGUGAUUUUAUAGUUUAAUUAAAUACUAAUUUUUAUCAUGAAGGUAUUUUAGUUAAAAAUAGAUUCAAAAUAGCACAACAUUAUUUAAAAAAUAAUUUAGUUUUUGAUUUAAUACCAAUACUAGUUUUAUUUUAUAUAAGUGUAUCAGAUAAAUACGUAAUAGUUUAUUUACUUUGUUUGGUUAAACUUAUACCUUUCUAUAGAUUUCAAGUAUAUUUAACUGAUAAAUUGAAAAUAAUGCCAUCUUUAAGAUAGUUUUACAUGAUUUUUGGAAUGCUAAUAGAAAUCCUUUAUAUAAAUCACUUCUUUGGUUGUAUUUUUUAUGGGGGAAGUGUUUAUAUGUACAUAUAUCAUCCAAAUUCUAAAGUUUGGGUGAAUGAUCCCACAAUGAAUUUUGGAGUUGUAAUAACUAGAAGCAAUUUUUCAAAGUAAAUAUUCUAAAAAUAUAAGAUAUUUAUAUUCUACAUAUUGGGCUAUUGAUGCGAUUACAAGAAUUGGUUAUGGUGAUAUAUUGCCAUUGAAUGAUUUAGAAUUCAUCAUAACUGAUUUAACAGUUAUAGUUGCAGUAGCAAUUGUGGCAGUAAACAUUUCAUUGAUUGAAAAUAUGAGAAAGAACUCUAAAUUGUAAAACUAUUAUGUAGAUAAUUUUCGGAUUCAAUAAUAUUUAAAUAAAAAAAAUUGUUCUAGAGAUUUGAAGUUUUAGAUCUCUAAUUAUUUACGUUUUUACCAUCGAAUUGGACAGGAUAGAAAUAUUGAUAUAGAAUAAGAGUCAUUAAAGUUACUUCCAAGUAAUUUAAAGUAAAAAAUGAUGUAUUAAGCUUAUGGAAUAAUUCUAAAUAAAUAAAUUUGGUUAAGGGAUGAUAAUAUUUUAUUUGAUUUGUCAAUUAAGGUGAAAGAAGUCUAUUUAGGAGAUAUGGAAAAUAUAUUCUUAGAUAAUAGUCCUGAUUAAGGAUAAGCAUUUUAUUAUUUGGAAAGGGGUAAUGUUGAGCUUUUCAUAAAUACUUAAUAUUCAAAGAGAAAUGAUGUUAUUAUUGCAUAAUUACAAAAUGACACAUUCUUUGGUCAUUACUCUUUUAUUACAGGACUACCAAGAAAAUGUAAAUUAUACUAUAUAAUUAGUUAGGUUCUGCUAGAACGAUACAAUUUGCAUCUUUAAUUUACAUUCUAAGGAAGGAUUUCCAUGAUGUUUUGGAAAUGAAUAAGAAAUUUCAUCAUUAAUUCUAAGCUAUUAGAAAUAGUAUAAUUUUUGAAAAUUAAUUUCAGCAUAUUGGAUUGAAAUGUUUUACAUGUCAUGGAAAUAAUCAUUUAUGUAUAGAUUGUCCUUUAACUUCAAUUAAAUAGUAAGUGAUGUUAACGUUUUAUCGUUCAAUAAGAGAGAAAAGUUAAUCAGGAAUGACUUUAAGAAAAUUAUAUUCUUAGAAUAUCAAACAAGAGAGAAUGUUUAAAAAAAGGAGGAAAGAAUAAAAAUCAAAAACACUUAAAAGUGAUGAUUUUAUGUUUCUUUUUGAUUAUCAAAUUCCAAGAGCUACAAUAAAUUAUAGAAUAGAUAAAGAUUUACAUUUGAUUUGA